CAAAUUUCAAAAAUGCAGGUCAAAUAUAGUGUGCAGCUUGUUCGUUAUUUUGAUCUCGUUUCCCGAAUACAUUCUCGUAUGUCAUGUUAAAUCUGAUCCGAUUGAUUUCCGUUUUUCAAAAUUAAUAGCAACUCUUCGUUUUAGCUACACUAAACACCAUCAGCUUAGCAACUAAACUCACUUAGCUACUCCCCCGCUUCAUCUCUCCACAUUCUUAGAGAGAGAAACAAAACAACACAAACUCACCAUGCACCCCUACGAUCUCAACCCUGGGUCGGACUCUCUCCGGUGGCUCCAAAUGGCGGAGAAGCUGCUCACGACCCGCGAUUUAAUCGGAAGCAAGUCAUUCGCCGCCAAAGCCCUAGAAUCCGACCCGAACUCCGAGGCCGCGGAGCAGAUCUUGGCGAUUGCAGACACACUGAUUGCCGGUGACAAGCAGGCGAGCAGUAAUCAUCUGGAUUGGUACUCGAUUUUGCAACUCGCUCGCCGGACUCAUGACUCGGAGCUUAUCGGGUUACAGUAUAAGCGACUCGGCGUGUUGUUGAACCCGAACCGGAACAAGUAUCCGUUUGCGGAGCACGCGUAUAAGCUUGUCACGGAGGCGUGGUUAGUAUUGUCCAAUCCUUCGCGAAAAUUUCGGUUUGAUAAUGAAUUUGGGAAUAGUAAUAGUACGCAUUUUAAUUUUAUUCAAACGCAUUUUGAUAAUACGCAACAGCAGAGUAGUCGAAUUAGUGGUGGUGGUAGUGGUAGUAGUGGUAGUGGUGCGCAGUUUGAUUUUAUGCAGGGAGGGAGUGGGGGAAUGCAAUUUGUUCAGCAGCAGCAGCAAGUGUUUGCUCCGCAAGCGAGGCCGUUUUUCGGUGAGGAGCAACAGCAGCAAAUUGUGGAAAGUUUGAGUAAUCAAGGGCAUUGGGCGAGUCAGGGGAAGCAAGUGUUGGUAAGGCCUCAACCGCAGCAACCGUUGGUGAGGCCUCAUCCGCAGCAGACUUGGUUUCAGCAGCCCGAGGCUCAGACUCAUGUACAACAUCCUUUACCACAAGCACAGCCUCAUAUACAGCAGCCUUCACAUUGGGCUCAGUCACGGCCGCAAUCAUUACCUCAGUCUCUGGCGGAGUCCGGAGAACAGUCAACACAGCCUUUGCAUUGGGCUCAGCAUCCGCCUCUGCCACAGCCUCAGGCCCAAUCUUGGAUGCAACAGGCUUUGCCUAGGCCUCAGAUGCAACCUUUAAAUGAGCCUCGGCCUCCACUUGAGUUCCUAGAACAGCCACAACAGGAUUUGAAUUCGUCUCAACCGCUGUCUGAGCUUCUUCAACAGCCACAACAACCUUGGAUGCAACAGUCUUUGCCUAGUCCUCAGAUACAAACAUCAUCACUCGAGCCUCAGCCUCAGCCUCAGCCUCAACCUCAGCCUCAACCUCAACCUCAACCUCAGCCUCAUCCACAAAAGACUCCACCCGAGUCCCGAGAGGGGGUGAACAAUGGUGAACAGUUUGGCUUGGGAGAAAAUGGUGAUACUGAUGAUAAUCAUGAGAAUAAUAUUAAUGUGGAGGAACCUUCUAAUUUUUGGACUGUAUGUGCAUAUUGCUAUAGUAUGUAUGAAUAUUCUGGUAUUUAUGUCGACUGUACACUCCGGUGCCAAAAUUGUAAGAAAGCAUUUCAUGCUGUCAAAACUGAAGCCCCGCCAGCUGUUUCUGACGGGGAAGAUGCUUAUGUAUGCUGUUGGGGAUAUUUCCCCAUUGGGAUUUCAAUGUCGUAUUUGGAGAAACGAAAGGCAGAAGCUUCAAGCUGGCAACCAUUUUCGAAGAUGUUCACUUUUCGUAAUACGCCUGCUUUUCCUCAAGGGGGUACUUUUCCUGAAGGAGGUCAUCGUAGUCAUCCGAACUCAGGUCCCAGGAUCUAUAUUGAUGAUGAUGAUGAGUUGGAUAUUUUUUACGGCAUAUCAUCUGAUGACGAAUCUGAUGAUGACUGGCAGCAUUAUCCAAAGAGCAAAAAAGCUAAGAGCACUACAAGGAAGGUUUCGACUGCUAGAAAGGUUAAGCAACCACAAGCGUUGGCAGAAAUGGGUCAAUAUAGCAAUACAGGGAAUUCUCAUAGUGAAGUUGUAGCACAAGAUGGUACUGGUGUUAGUGGGCCUGAUGUGGCAGUGCCAAUUGUGCCUGAACCGGCAGUACUGAGUGUCCAACUGCCUAAGGCUGCAAUGAAUGACACUGAUAAAAAAGUAGUUGAGACUAGUAAGAAAAAUGUGUCUGUUCCUAUUAGAAAGCAACCAGGUAGAGCUGCAAAAGAUUUGGGGAAGCUGGAUGGAGUAGUAGCACAAGUGGGGUCAGGUGCCAGUUUGCCUGAUGCAGCAGAAGUAUCUUUUAUGCCAACAAAUCAACCAGAGGACUGUGGGAAGCCAGGUGAAGUCGAUGGAGUCGUUGCACAAGAGGGAUCAGGUGUUAGUGUGUCUGAUAUGACAGUAGUGUCUGUUCCUGAAAGAAUGCUUCCAGGAAGAGUUGUAGCAGAGGAUGUAGGUGAUGCAGUUGUAGCUGAGGAUGGAUCGGGAGUUAGUUUACCUGAAGCGGCAGAAGUGUCUGUUCCUACAAUAAAGCACCCUGAUGGAGUUUCGAAUGAUUUGGGGAAGCUGGAUGGAGUGGAUGUAGCUGUGGCACAGGGGGGAUCUGGUGUUCACAUGCCUGAUGUCGCAUUAGUCUCUGUUACUCCAAGAAAGCAAUUAGGUAGGGUUGCAAAGGAUUUGGCGAAGCCAGAUGGAGUCAUAGCUCAAUCGGGGAUAAGUGUUGGUGUGCCUGAUUUGUCAACACCUAAUGUCCCAGUGGCUGAGGCAAAUAAGAAAGUAAUUGGUGAGGCUGAGAAGAAAGCAGUAGCAGGAAGUAGUAAGAAAAGGGUGUCUGUUCCUACAAGGAAGCAGCCAGGUAGAGUUGCAAAGGAUUUGGGGAAGCUGGAUUUGAAUGUGGAGUUCAAUAAUGAGGUCGAAGGGCCUGCUCGUGGAACAAGUGGACGGACCAAGUCAGUAAAUGGGGGAGAAGAAAAUGUUGAUGGUGUUGCCUUUUUUGAGGGUCUGGAUGAAUAUCUGAGUAGCUUACCCAUACUCUCUGCUGAUGCUGGUGGUAAGGCUAAAGGCGUCUAGAAGUAAGCAAAUUUUUGUUGCAGUAGUAGUUGCUCUGUAUUCCUGUUGCAAUAGCUAUUGGAGAGCAAGAGUUGAUUUUGCUCAUGGUUAUUGUAGUCUAGUGUAAUAUAUAUGUGGCAAGUAGUGUGGUAUCAAUCUCGAACCUCUUUCAAGUAGGCUUACCAUCCCUUGAUCUAUCGUAAUACCUGAAAAGACGGUUGGCGGAACUAUUCUUUUUGUCUUUCAUGUCAUAGAUCCAUGUUAAUGUUAUAUUUUGGAUUUUCCA